CUUUAAACCCCUCCGCUCAUUAAGCGCGAAAUACAGUUUUCUUGUGUCUUAUUCACUUUUUCCCUCAUGCCAGAACCGACCAAAGAACAAAUUCAGCUUGUCUUUAAAAAGCUAAAACAGAACCGAUAUAACAAGGUCUGUUUUGAUUGUAACUCCAAAAAUCCUACCUGGUCAUCAGUAUCUUUUGGCGUUUAUCUAUGUACCGAUUGUUCUUCUGCCCAUCGUAAUCUUGGUGUUCAUAUUAGUUUCGUCAGAUCGACUGUACUUGACUCAUGGUCCUGGGACCAGCUUCGGUUGAUGGCCGUGGGCGGCAACCAAGCAGCAAGUGAAUAUUUUUCAAAGCAUGCAGCACAGGGUAGCGCGGGUAACAGCAAGGAUGCCAAGGUCAAAUAUACCAGCCGUGCUGGACAGCAGUAUAAGAAACUGUUGGAAAAGCGUGCGGCUGAUGAUGCGGCAGCGCAUCCUACAACAGUUGUGAUUGAGAUGGAUACGCCCGUUACAGAAGAAACUGUAGCCGAUACUCCUGCAGGAGCAGCAGAAGCAUCUACAUCACCUGCUUCUUCAUCGGAACCAACAACUCCAGCAGCAGCAGGAUCGCCAGAAGGAUCGCCAGCAGUUACGACGCCACCACCACCCAAGGAAGAAUCUAAGACUGAUCUAGCAACCACCACAACAACGACGACGACAACUCCACCUGCUAAAUCACCCACGCCACGCUCAACGGCCACAGCACGCAGCACCCGAUCUGCUAUUGGUGCACGACGUGUAGGGGCCAAGGCAGGCAAAUUGGGUAUCAAAAAGGCACCGGUCAAUUUCAAUUUCGAAGAAGCAGAAGCACGCGCCAAGGAAGAAAGCGAGCGAAAGGCCAAGUUGGGAUAUGAAAGCGAUGAAAAAGACCAACAGGCGACGAGCACAGAUGGUGGCAGUGACAGUGUAUCACAAUCGCGAGGCAUCUCAUCUCGUUUGGCGUAUCAAGAUCCGAGCGAGCGUGCUGGUGAUGGUGGCAGUAACAACAAAAAACAAGACGAGGAGGAUGCAUAUGAAAAACUCGGUUUCGGCAUGACACGCAUGAAUAUGAACAGCACCGGAAAGAUGAGCGAUGCCGGUGGCAGCAGCAGUGAUAAUGCGAACAAGAGCUAUGAAGAAGAACCCGCACAAUCAGCUCGUGAUAAGUUUGGUAAUGCCAAGGCUAUAUCAUCCGACCAAUACUUUGGACGCAACGAUUACGAUCCAGCAAUUUCAGCUGAACAGCAAGGACGUCUAUCACAAUUCCAGAACUCGCGUGCAAUUUCAUCAGACCAGUAUUUCGGACGUGAGGAAGAGCUGGGAGGCCAUGGAAAUGGACCACAGUCGCCAACAGAGGACUGGACCGAUUUGCAGGAUCAGGCUGUCAAUAUGGCACGUAAGUUUGUCGCUCAAACGUCGGCAGAUCUGGACGCUGUGCGCGACUUGGCCGGAAAUGCCACCUCAAAGGUAUAAGCAGUGGGGAGCUUGAUCGUAUUGAAGGGAAAUACGAUCAUAGGACGAUAACAUGGCUAAAAUAAUAUUGCUCUAUAUAUUCAAUUAGCUUCAAGACAUGCUGCAGGAC